UCUCUUAUAUAUUCAUAGUUUCAUCCCCAAGCUCUCUCUUUACUAAACCAACCUCUUUCCUCUCUUUUAUGGCCUCCUCCUCCGGGAGCCUAGACACCUCUGCAAACUCCCAACCCACCAACUUCACCUUCCCCACUCACCCCUUCAUGACCACCUCCUUCUCCGACCUCCUGUCAUCCGGCGCCGACACCAAAACAAACCCAACAACCCGGAACUCCGGGUACGGGCUUUCGGAUCGUAUUGCCGAGCGUACCGGGUCGGGUGUCCCCAAGUUCAAGUCACUUCCGCCUCCCCAGCUCCCCAUUUCGCCUCCCUCCGUCUCUCCCUCUUCCUACUUCGCCAUCCCUCCUGGCAUGAGCCCCGCCGAGCUUCUCGACUCUCCUGUUCUCCUCAGCUCUUCCAACAUUCUUCCAUCUCCAACUACUGGGAGUUUUGCAGCUCAAGCCUUUAAUUGGAGAACCAAUUCUGGUUCUGGUACUAACAACAAUAACAACAACAACCAGAGUCUUAAACAGGAGCGCAAGAACUACUCUGAUUUCUCCUUCCAAACCCAAACCAGGCCUCCUCCAACUUCAUCAUCAACCAUUUUCCAAUCCUCAGACAGCUCAAUUCAGACUGCUCAAGAACAAGCUUGGAAUAACUAUCUAGGACCUGCCAAACAAGAUGAGUUUUCUUCAGGGAAGAGUGUGGUGAAAUCUGAGUAUGGUUCUUCAGUGCAGAGCUUCUCUUCUGAAAUGGCCACCAAUAUGCAAGGCAAUAAUGCUCAGGCCAACAGCAAUGGUGGUUUCCAAUCUGAUCAGUAUAGCAACUACAAUAACAAUAACAACAGCAGCAACCACAACAACCAGCUCCAAUCUCAUCAGUGCUUGAACAGGAGAUCAGAUGAUGGGUUCAAUUGGAGGAAAUAUGGCCAGAAACAAGUGAAGGGAAGCGAAAAUCCGCGAAGCUAUUACAAGUGUACUUAUCCAAAUUGCCCUACCAAGAAGAAGGUUGAGAGGUCUUUGGAUGGACAAAUCACUGAGAUAGUUUACAAGGGUACUCAUAACCAUCCCAAGCCACAGAAUACUAGGCGGUUGGGUUCGUCAGCGGCUUCCUCCCAUGCAAUUCAGGCUUCCAGUCACAACACCAAUGACAUCGCCGAUCAGUCUUUCGGCUCUCAUGGGAAUUCACAAAUGGAUAACUCCAAUGGAACACCGGAGAAUUCAUCCCUUUCUGUAGGGGAUGAUGAAUUUGAUCAGAGCUCCCAGAGAAGCAAAUCAGGAGGAGGGGAUGAGUAUGAUGAAGAUGAGCCUAAUGCCAAAAGAUGGAAAAAAGGUGAUAAUGAAUGUAUAUCAGCACCUGGAAGUAGAACAGUGAGAGAACCAAGAGUUGUAGUUCAAACAACUAGUGACAUUGAUAUUCUUGAUGAUGGGUAUAGGUGGAGGAAGUAUGGACAGAAAGUAGUAAAGGGCAACCCAAAUCCAAGGAGCUACUACAAGUGCACAAAUCCAGGCUGUCCAGUGCGGAAGCACGUAGAGCGAGCUUCGCAUGAUCUUAGAGCCGUGAUCACAACCUACGAAGGGAAGCACAACCACGAUGUUCCUGCAGCUCGUGGCAGUGGUUCUGCCAACCGGGCUUUACCAAGCAACAAUACCAACAACAACAUGAUGAACAACCACAAUGUAGCCUCAGCAAUGAGGUCUACGAUCCAUCACAGUACUAACAGUGCUGCUAACAACAACCCUCUUCAAAAUCUAAGGCUACCAUCAUCAGAAGGACAAGCACCUUUUACUCUCGAGAUGUUGCAGAGUCCGGCAAGUUACGGAUUCGCAGGGUUCGACAACUCCAUGGGGUCAUACAUGAACCAAACACAGCUCAAUGACAACACCAUGUUCUCUAAAACCAAGGACGAGCCGAGAGACGAUGCAUUUUUCGAAUCAUUGCUGUGUUGAUCACUCUGCAAAAUCUACAUCAGCUGCAUAGUUUUGGAAAGAUUUAGAAUCCAGAAAAGAAGAUCGAAACUCAAUACAAUAAGCACACUCACAGUCAGUCAGUCAGCCAGACAGGCUCAUUCCAUUCAUUGCCUUUUGUUCAUUAAUUUGUUUUGUUCUGUACAUUCUUUUUUACAGGGAUUGCUUUCUGUAUAUUCAUGUCAUAGAACAAGUUUCUAUUUUUUUCAUUGGUUUGAGGCUCUCCUCAAAUCAAUUGUUUUUAUGAUACCAAUAUGUUACAUCUGUAGUGAAAUUUGGUUCCAAAGUCUA